AGGCAAAGUGGACCCACACCUUGCGAUGGAGAUGGAGGGGGAGGGGGAGGGUGAGUGAGAUGCAAUGAAGUCAAUGACUCUGGCCUCGGGUGAAUGAAGCAGUAAACAAACAAAGAUGAUGGUUGUUGUUAGCAUUGUAGGACCAUUCCCAAAACAAAAGUCCAACAAAUUAUGAUCAUCAUAACGCACAAGCUUCCACACCCUCCCUUUAUAUUCCUCCCCUCUCCCAACACCAUAAUCACCCUUGUCGGUUCUCUCUCUCUCUCUCUCUCAUCUUCCAACCUUGAAUCACAAUCUCCCUCAUUCACUCCAACCCCAUCAAACCCACCUUCACUCUGUUUCGUUUCCAACACAGCAUGAAACACCAACACCAACACCAACAACAACAACAAAUCUUCCAAAGAAGCUCCAGCGCAUGCACCGCCGCAACAAGAAACACCCGAAGAAUCCUCCCUUCAAACCUAACCCACUCACGCUCCCUACUCGAAUCCGAAGAUGUCUCCGACAAACUCCUCAUACGACGAGGAUCCUCGCCUUCGGUCUCAAACGUGUGCCAAAACCAAACGAGGAAUAAUAAACUAACCCCACAGAACAAGCUAUCUUCCCUCAUACGCUCCUUCCUCAACAUCUUCACGUUCCCAACGAUGAUCCCAACAUGCAAGUGGCUCACCAUCCCUUCCAACCUCUCCAUCACCCCCUCCCUCGGCCGCAAGGUCACCGGCACCCUCUUCGGCCACCGCCGCGGCCACAUCUCCUUCGCCGUCCAGCUCCACCCCCGCGCCGAGCCCCUCCUCCUCCUCGAACUCGCCAUGUCCACCUCCUCCCUCGUCAAGGAGAUGUCCUCUGGACUCGUGCGCAUCGCGCUCGAGUGCCAGAAGCUGUCGUCGACCGCUGCUGACGUGAACAGCAGCGGUCGACAUCAUUCCAGGAGGCUCUUCCAAGAGCCUGCCUGGACCAUGUACUGCAACGGGAGGAACUGCGGGUAUGCCGUGUCCCGCACGUGCGGGGACCUCGACUGGCACGUGCUGAGCACGGUCCAGAGCGUGUCGGUCGGUGCUGGAGUGAUCCCGCUGCUGGAGGACGGCGCCGGCGGGAGGAAAGACGGCGGCGGGUCGGAGGGCGAGUUGAUGUACAUGAGGGCGAGGUUUGAGCGAGUCGUUGGGAGCCGUGACUCGGAGGCGUUUUACAUGUUGAACCCUGAUGGUAACGGGGGACCAGAACUUAGUAUUUUUCUAUUGAGAAUAUGAUAUUGUUGAAAAAAGAAAGAAAUCGUCAUAAGACUUUGUCUUUGUGGUUUGAAAUUAAUAGUUUUUAGGAGAAGAAAAAAAAGAUAGGAGAUUCAAAUCAAGAUUGAUGUAUUGUUUAGAGAUGAUCACUUGUUUGCUUUUUUUUUUUUUUUUUUCCAAUAAUUGUGUCCAUAUUAUAUAUAUAAGGAUGAAAGGAGAUAUGUGAUGUAUUUUCAGAUCAGAUAUUUGGAUAUACUUUUUCUGCUGAUGGUUAAGGCAGUUUGCGUG